AUGGCGAAGGGACCUGCUAAGAAAAGUUCACUAAGGGGUUCCUUAGAUGGUAAAAUUGAGAACCUUAUAUAUAGAUUAUUAGAGGAAAAAGCACUCGAGAGGAAAAGAUCAAAUACCGCUGAAAAUGAUGAUGAUGAAUCCAUGGAAACUGUUUAUUUUGCAAAGGAUUUGAAGGGUGGUGAGAUCUUUACGUACUGUCAAUCUAAAGAUGUAACCAUGUUAAGAGUCAAGAAAGUUGUAUUACAAAAAUCGAUCGAAAGGGUGCUCAAACAAAUCAUUGAAGAAGAAGCUCAAGAAUUCGAAUCUUUUCCUGGCUACAAAGAUGAGGAACCUACUGCACAGGAUGUGGAGGCACAAUUAAAGGAACAAAACUUGAUGGUGAUGCCGGAGGUUAAUGAUAUGAAUAAAAGCAUUACAGAACAGUGGAAUGUAAAAGCGGAAACCCCAGCUGAGGAUACACCCGAUGAUAAGGUGAAUGGCUCAGCUUCCAAGAAAAGAACUAAGGAUAGUGCACCCUCCAAGCCAAAGAAACAAAAGACAAAAGAGGAUAGAACUCCACCACAAUCUAGAUUAGAGUCUAUUGGUGGUAUGGAAGACGUUGUGGCUCAAUUAAUGGAAUUAAUCGGUUUACCAAUUUUACAUCCAGAAAUUUACAUAUCGACAGGUGUGGAACCUCCAAGAGGUGUACUUUUGCAUGGUCCACCAGGAUGUGGUAAAACUUCGAUUGCCAAUGCUUUGGCGGGUGAAUUACAAGUACCGUUUCUUUCCAUAUCUGCACCAUCUGUUGUUAGUGGGAUGUCUGGUGAAAGUGAGAAAAAGAUUAGAGAUUUAUUUGACGAAGCUAGAUCAUUGGCACCUUGUCUGAUGUUCUUCGAUGAAAUAGAUGCUAUUACACCAAAGAGAGAUGGUGGAGCACAAAGAGAGAUGGAAAGAAGAAUCGUUGCUCAAUUACUAACGUCCAUGGACGAGCUGAAUAUGGAAAAGACCGGUGGUAAACCAGUGAUUGUUAUUGGAGCAACCAAUAGGCCUGAUUCCUUGGAUGCCGCCUUAAGAAGAGCAGGUAGAUUCGAUAGAGAAAUCUGUCUCAACGUGCCCAAUGAGUUAUCCAGAGUUCAUAUCUUGAAAAAACUAGCACAGAAUUUGAAGAUUGAUGGUGAAAUAGAUUUUAUUAAAUUGGCCAAAUUGACUCCUGGUUUUGUUGGUGCAGAUUUAAAAGCACUCAUAACAGCGGCGGGUACUUGUGCCAUCAAGAGAAUCUUUCACGCUUAUGCCUAUUCCAGUAUAGCCACAGAUAAUAAGAUGGAUAUUGAUCAAGAUACGGAAAACAAGGAUGAAGAUGAAAAGUCACUAAAGAAUACCGCCAAUAUGAUUGACCCAUUGCCACUCACCAUAAUACAGAAAUUCAUACAAAAUUUUCCAGAGCCUUUGAACGAUGAGCAAUUGUCCAAUUUGUCAAUCCAAUAUGAAGAUUUCCUCAAGGCAUUACCUACAAUUCAACCCACCGCUAAGAGAGAAGGUUUUGCAACCGUGCCCGAUGUUACUUGGGCAAGUGUAGGUGCGUUGACUAAGGUUCGUGUAGAACUGAACAUGGCCAUUGUGCAACCUAUCAAAAAGCCAGAAUUAUAUGAAAAGGUUGGUAUCAGUGCACCAGCAGGUGUUCUACUUUGGGGACCACCAGGUUGUGGUAAGACUCUAUUAGCCAAAGCUGUUGCUAACGAAUCUCGUGCCAAUUUCAUUUCUAUAAAGGGUCCUGAAUUACUGAAUAAGUAUGUGGGUGAAUCUGAAAGGGCGAUAAGACAAGUUUUCACCAGAGCUCGUGCCUCUGUUCCUUGUGUGAUUUUCUUCGAUGAAUUGGAUGCGCUGGUUCCUAGAAGAGAUUCCACGCUAUCAGAAUCAUCAUCUAGAGUGGUUAAUACCCUUUUAACAGAAUUGGAUGGCCUUAACGAUAGAAGAGGUAUAUUUGUUGUUGGAGCUACUAAUAGACCUGAUAUGAUUGAUCCUGCCAUGCUAAGACCUGGUAGAUUAGAUAAAACUUUGUUCAUUGAACUACCGAAUGCAGAGGAAAAACUGGACAUUCUAAAAACUCUCGUUAGAACUAAUGGAACUCCAAUGUCAUCAGAUGUAGACUUGGAGACAGUGAUAGCUGAUGACCGUUGUAAGAAUUUUUCAGGUGCUGAUAUAGCGUCAUUGGUGAGGGAAAGCUCAGUAUUAGCGCUUAAGAGAAGCUUCUUCAAAAAUGACCAAGUUCAAUCUGUUGUCGAGAACAAUUUGGACAAGGAGUUUGAAGAUUUAAGUGUCGCAUAUCCAAGCGAAGAAAUUUUGGUCACUAUGUCGGAUUUCGUAAACGCCUUGAGAAAGGUAAGGCCUUCUGUGAGUGAUAAAGACAGGUUGAAAUACGAAAAGUUGAGCAAUAAACUAGGAUGGAAUGAUGAUGUCGAAUUGACUACAGAAGAAACGAAAACUCCUAAUACAAAUGCUUGA